CAAAGUGUUUCGGUCGCGUCUGUCAUAAUCAGCUGUUGUCGCGAAUUCAUUUACAAUUUUGGUAAACAAACUUAUCCUCGUACAUCUUAAUCGCUCUCCAAGUGUUUAUUGAAAGCAAAGUUUAGUCAAACGAUAUUUGCUUUACUGAAAAGAAGCUAAAAUGCGAAGACGGGCAGGUGUUGGUGCCAUACAGAAGCAGCGUCUGGAGGCCGAAAAGUACAAAGACAAGGGAACCGAACUGCAGGAUUCACAGUUUGAGCAGAUGGUGAAGCAGAUGGAAGCAUUAAAGGAAAACUUGGAGGAGUUCGCGUCCAAGCAUCGGAACGAAAUCAAGAAGAACCCACAGUUCCGCCGCCAGUUUCAGGAGAUGUGUGCAGCAAUCGGUGUGGAUCCAUUGGCAUCGGCCAAAGGGUUUUGGAGCGUUCUGGGUAUGGGUGAUUUCUUCUACGAGCUCAGUGUACAGGUGGUAGAAGUUUGUCUGGCACACAACCACAUAACCGGAGGUCUCAUGGAUUUGGAUGAACUGCGAAAUCGAUUGGUGGCGGCUAGGGGUAAAAGCCAAAUCCAUCAGGAAAUCACGACCGAGGAUAUACUGAUGGCAACGAAGAAGCUGAAAAUAUUCGGCAACGGGUUUACUGUGUAUUCCGUUGGCAAAAAUCGCUACAUGGUGCAGUCUAUACCCGGUGAACUUAGCCUACAGGAAACGACCGUUCUUAGCGUUGCCACGAAUCAAGGGCAAGGAUCCGUAACCGUUGCAUCGCUCAUGAACGAUUUAGGAUGGACCCAAGCGAGAGCUGAACAGGCAGUAGAUAAAAUGCUCGGCGAAGGUAUGGCGUGGCUAGAUACGCAAGGCGAAGAGAAAUCGUACUGGUUUCCUAGUCUUUUCCCGGGACGUUUAACGACAAAAGUUUAAUUCCACUUCCAAAGGUCAUUUCAUAUUCAACGGUGAAAUUAUCUGAGUGCAUUAUUAUUGCUAAGAUAACGAAAAUAAAACUAGCUAUUUCAAUAA